GCUCGCGGCUCCCGGCUGCGGCGCCCGGCGCGUGUUGGCAGCUUCGGGCUUGCGCCGCUGAGGCGGGCUGAACCAGCGGGCGGUUAGCGCCCCGUUCGACGCGGGGAGGGGCGGCACGCCGGGCGCUGCACCGCCUCUGCCGACGCGGGCGGCCGUGGCGGCGGCGGCGGCGGCGGCGGCUGUAGCCGGGCUCUCGGGUUCUCUGCCCCAGGCCGGAGCCAGUCGGUGUCCCGCCGGAGAGACGGGCAGCCGGGUUCCCUGGGCCCAGGCCCCCCCGGGCUGGGGCGGCUGGGGCAAGGGAACGAUGUCUGCUCGCGCCCCGGUGCCCGCCGCUCACCGUCGGGAGGAGCCGCCCGCGGCAGCUGCUGAGAGGGAGUCGCUGUCUGCCGCGGCGAGCCGACAGGCGGAGCAGCUGCCUGCGCUCGAACGGGAGGGCAAAGAGGCGGCGAGGGAGGAGCGGGCCCCGGCCGCCACCAGCGCGGGGGCGCGAGGAGAGCCGUCGCCGGCGCCAGUGCUGGGACGCAGCGUGCCCCAGGCGGCUGUGCCCGUGAAGCCUCUGGCGCUGCACCUGGCGCACAAGGCGCGAGGGCCAGGGGGCCCCUUCGGUGGGGAGCCGCCGCCACCGCUGUCCCGGGACCCACCGGCCAAGGAAGCCCGGGAGGAGGAGGUGGCGGCUGGCUCCGAGGAAAAGCUGCCGCCACCGCCGCUACCGCCGCCGCCGCCGAAGGAGAACCCCUGGACCAAAAAGCCUCCCCAGCACCUGUCCCCCGCCGGGACGGGGCUGCCGCCGCUUCCCCCACUGGAAACCCUGGAGGCAGAGCUCAGUUCCCCUAAAAUUAUAAAAGCAGGAAAACUCAAGACAAAGAAAUCCAACAAGGCUAGUGAUUUCAGUGAUAUGGCGAACUGGCCAACACCAAGUGAAUUAGUGAACACUGAAUGUCAGAGUAUCAUCAGCCAAGGAAAUAAGAAGCCACAAAAUAGAAAAGAAAAAGAAGACAAGGUUGAAAAGAGAAGUAACAGUGAAAGCAAAGAAAGCAGAGAAACAAAAUUAGAUGGUCCUGGUGAAAAUGUCAGUGAGGAUGAGGCUCAAUCAAGUAAUCAACGAAAGAGAGCUAAUAAGCACAAGUGGGUACCACUCCACUUAGAUGAUAUAAGACCAGACAGUCAAGAAAGACCAGGGUCCCGCAAUAGCUCAAGAUGUCAACCUGAAACAAAUAAAUCAUCGCAUAACAGUAGGAGAACUGAUACACGAAGUUGGAGGCGUGAAAGAGAAAAAAGAGAUGAUCAAGAUGAAGUUUCCAGUGUGAGAAGUGAGGGUGGUAAUAUCCGAGGUUCCUUUAGAGGCCGAGGAAGAGGCCGAGGACGGGGAAGAGGACGAGGCAGAGGAAAUCCUCGAUUGAACUUUGAUUAUGCAUAUGGUUAUCGAGAACAUGGUGAAAGGACUGAUCAACCAUUUCAAACAGAACUUAAUACCAGUAUGAUGUAUUACUAUGAUGAUGGUACGGGCAUUCAGGUGUAUCCUGUGGAAGAAGCAUUGCUUAAAGAGUAUAUCAAGCGUCAAAUUGAAUAUUAUUUCAGUAUAGAAAACUUGGAACGGGACUUCUUUCUGAGGAGAAAGAUGGAUAAGCAAGGUUUCUUACCUAUUUCCCUGAUUGCUGGUUUUCACCGUGUUCAAGCUCUCACUACAAACCUUAAUCUCAUUUUAGAGGCCCUGAAAGAUAGCACAGAAGUGGAAAUCGUGGAUGAGAAAAUGAGAAAAAAAAUAGAACCAGAAAAAUGGCCAAUUCCGGGUCCUCCUCCACGUAGCGUGCCGCAGACAGACUUUUCUCAACUGAUUGAUUGCCCAGAGUUCGUACCAGGCCAAGCCUUUUGUUCACAUACAGAGUCUGCCCCAAAUUCUCCAAGAAUUGGAAGUUCCCUGAGCCCAAAGAAAAAUGCUGAAACAAGAAAUCUUCAAGCAAUGUCUAGAGGUUUGUCUACCAGUUUACCUGACUUGGACUCAAAACCUUGGAUAGAAGUGAAGAGAAGACAUUGUCCAUCCCCAGUGAAACGGAAUGAAUCACCACCUCUACCUGAAGAGACAUCAAAUCAGUUAAAUCUUCCAGAUGAACAAGAACAAGAAGAACUUGAUUUUUUAUUUGAUGAAGAGAUGCAACAAAUAGAAGAGCGAGGAAACACAUUUACUAACUGGUCUGAUAAUGAUUCAGAUUAUGAAAUUGAUGACCAGGACUUAAAUAAGAUUUUGAUUAUAACUCAGACACCACCUUACUUGAGAAAACAUCCUGGAGGAGAUCAAACAGACAACCACAUAUCUUGGGCAAAAAUUACAUCUGAACUCGCUAAAGUUAUCAAUGAUGGUUUAUAUUAUUAUGAGCAGGAUCUAUGGAUGGAAGAAGAUGAAAACAAACACACAGCCGUAAAGCAAGAAGUUGAGAACUUUAAGAAGCUAAAUCUCAUUAGUAAAGAGCAAUUUGAAAACCUAACACCUGAACUUCCUUUUGAGCACCAAGAAGUUCCUGUAGCACCUUCACGGUCGAGGCAAGAUUUGACUGAUGAUUUAGCUCAGAAACUGUUUGAUGUUUCAGAAAUAUCUUCAGCAACAAUGGCCCAUUCAUUACCCACAGCAGUUCCAGAAGCUCCUAGAAUUUAUCCUGCAAGGACACCCAAAACACCUCGAACACCUAGAUUACAAGAUCCAAGCAAAACACCAAGAUUUUAUCCUGUGGUUAAAGAACCAAAACCCAUUGAUAUAAAGAGUCCAAGAAAGAGAAAAACAAGACAUAGUACAAAUCCCCCUCUAGAGUGCCAUGUUGGUUGGGUAAUGGAUUCCAGAGAUCACGGGCCAAGAACAUCUUCUGUCAGCAGUUCAAAUGCUUCACCUUCGGAAGGUGCACCACUAGUGGGAAGUUAUGGAUGUACUCCUCAUUCAUUUCCAAAGUUCCAGCACCCUUCUCAUGAGCUUUUGAAGGAAAACGGCUUUACCCAACAAGUGUACCACAAGUAUCGGAGAAGAUGCCUUAGUGAGAGAAAACGUUUGGGAAUUGGCCAGUCCCAAGAAAUGAAUACCCUCUUUCGUUUCUGGUCCUUUUUCCUCAGAGAUCAUUUCAAUAAAAAAAUGUAUGAGGAAUUUAGACAACUUGCUUGGGAAGAUGCAAAAGAAAAUUACAGGUAUGGAUUAGAAUGUCUGUUUAGGUUUUAUAGUUAUGGAUUGGAAAAAAAAUUCAGACCAGAAAUUUUUAAGGAUUUCCAAGAAGAAACCAAAAAAGACUUCAAAUCUGGUCAGCUGUAUGGAUUAGAAAAGUUUUGGGCUUAUCUAAAAUAUUCUCAAUCUAAGACACAGUCUGUUGACCCAGAACUCCAGGAAUAUCUCUGUAGCUUUAAACAAUUGGAAGACUUCCGUGUUGAUCCCCCUAUUGGUGAGGAAUUUGGAAGAAAAAGACAUUCAUCUACUUCUGGUGAGGAGAGUAAUCGUCGUAGACUUCCAUCUAAUUCCUCUGCAAAGCCACCAAAUGCCGCUAAGACUACACCUGCCAGUCAGCUCCAGGUCCCAAUAAACUCCCCCAGGAGGAAUGCUUCACAAGAGUCCAGCGACAAUUCACACUGGAACAGUGCUGCCUCAGUCUCAACAAAUGGUGAACUGCUUGAGAAAUAGACUCUUACAAAAAUUGUUUGCCCUUGAAAUCAACAUUUACAUCAGUAUUUAUUUGGGAAAAUCUCCUGAUGUUUAAUUGUGAUAAUCAGAAAAAAGAAAAAGGAAGAAAAAUGGUAGCAUUUUUUUCUAGCAAGAUAAAUUCUAAAAACGUUUUCCCUGAUUUCAUGAACAAGCAUAGUUUUGGUAAUCUUUUAUAGAGAUCCUCUAGUAAUGUAUUUUGGUCUCAGUAUUUCUUUUUCAAAGCCAUUGUAUAUAAGAACAGCAUUCCUUAAAUAUAAACAAAAACAACAUAAGGAAUGCCUAACAUUUCAGCUCAUACUUCUUAAAGAAGAUAUAGUAUGUUGUAUUCAUCUCUUCUAUAGAGCUUUCUUAAAAAAUCCAUUUACCCCACUAUCAAUUCAUAUUUGAACUUAACAAAAACAAAGAGAUUACGUAUAUACUUUUUAGAUUCAGAAAAAGAAUAUGAAAUGAUACAUUUACUUUUCUUUUAGAUGUAUAGUUUAAAGAAAACUUUUUUUUUUUUUUUUUUACAGAAGUAGAAAUAUAUUGCAGUUAUAUUGAAUUUUGGAUGUUAGGUUUGCUUCCCUGCCCACUCCCCACAAGUCUUACCUCAUGAUUUGCAUAAGUAUUGCUGUAUUGGUGUGGAGUGUUCUGAAUUGGCAUCAGCUGGUUACAUAUUAGGAGAGAUUCACUUUUUGUGAGCAUAUAAACCUGCACAGAUAAUUGAAAACUGAGUUGGGAUCGGUUGGAAUACUGUCCUAAAUUAAUUAAAUCUUGCACUAUUUUUAAUGCAUCUGCUGUUUAUACAUCUUCAGGUGUAUUAUCUCACAAGUAGAUUAUCUUCAAUUUAAAAGGAGUACAUAGUUUUUCCUUUUUGUGUCUCUUAGUUUUGUUUAAUGCUUGUAAGGUUUUCAAGAAACAAACUAACUUCUAAUUUUUAGUGCUGUUGCAACUGAUGUGAAUGAUAGUUUCAGUUUUUGUGGGGCUUAAAAUAAAGCACUUAUUCU